UGACACACCUGGGAAACUCCACCAAGUCGUAACCCUGUUGAUCUAACAGACAUGCAUUGACUUUCAGACGCAGAAACAACAACAAGAAGAAGAAGAAACAGAAGAAGAGCGCGCGACAUGUACACCACGGAGCGCAGGCGCAUGAGUCUGCACGAGCUGAAGAGGAAAGAUCCCGUGUGGGUGUCCGCUGGAAGUUUAUGGCAGGACUCUCUGGCCAUCGAGCUGAGCUCCGGGGGCGGCGGGUCGGGUAAACACAGCGCCUCUCCGCGUACCCGGACCCGGGCCGUGUCCGUGGCGUACAUUGUCAACGAGGACGCGUCGGUGCCGCAGACGGAGGAGGACCUGUCCCUGAAGUGUCUGAAGGAAGCCUGCGCAGACGCACACGCAGUCCUCAAAACCAUUUCAUUUGAGAGAAUAUCCCUGGGAACCGCUGACAUCCUGGAUAGUUUCUACAACGCAGAUGUGGCCGUGGUGGAGAUGAGUGACUCUUUCUGCCAGCCUUCACUCUUCUACCACCUCGGAGUGAGAGAAAGUUUCAGUAUGACCAAUAACAUCAUCCUGUACUGUUACAAGCAGGAUAGUGAUCUCCACGCAGUGAAGGAGCAGUGUGGAAGUUACACGUUCAUCCCGUAUGUAGUUUCACCUCAGGGUAAAGUGUUUGCCUGCGACGCUACAAUCAUGACUGGUAUCAAGGAGUUGAUGCAGCCUAGUUUCCAGCUGGAGCCACUGCUUACACCAUUGGUGGAGAGACUGGUGCAUCUGCUGAACAAUGUGCAGAUUCAGUCCAGCGAGUACUUCCGGGAGUCGGUCAGGCAUGAGAUCCGUAUGGCACGGGAGCGCUUCAGGGGCCGAGCGCUCAGCGAGGAACUGGGUCGCAUCCAGGCGCGCCUAGACAGUGUAGAACUGCUCACACCUGAUAUUGUCAUGAAUCUGCUGUUGUCCUACCGGGACAUCCAGGAUUAUGAUUCCAUAAUUAAACUGGUGGAGACUUUAAACAACCUGCCCAUGUGUCUGGUCGCAGGACAUCAGAAUAUCAAGUUUCACUAUAUAUUUGCUCUAAACAGGAGGAACCACCCUGGAGAUCGCGCCAAGGCGUUGGAGACCAUUCUGCCCAUCGUGGAGUCUGGGGGAAAGGUGGCGUCGGACGUUUACUGCCUGUGUGGACGAAUCUUCAAAGACAUAUUCAUGAGCUCUGGAUUUACUGACCACCGCAGCAGAGACCAGGCCUGCUACUGGUAUGGGAAAGCUUUUGAAACAGAGCCGACUCUCCACUCUGGCAUCAACAGCGUGGUCCUCUUGAUGGCCGUCGGACAUGAGUUUGACACUUCUAUUGAACUACGCAAAAUAGGUGUGACCAUCAACACUCUGCUUGGGAGGAAGGGCAGCCUGGAGAAGAUGAAGGAGUACUGGGAUGUGGGCUUCUACCUUGGAGCAAACAUCCUUGUUAAUGAAUACAGAAAAGUCAUCGAUGCCUCUGAGAAACUCUACAGGCUCAAGGCGCCCAUCUGGUAUAUAGCGUCCAUUAUGGAGACAUACAUCUUGUACCGUCAGUUUGCCAAACUGCCUGAGGUGAGAUCUCCCAAACAGGACAUGUUGGACUUCUGGAUGGAGCUGCUUCUGCAGGCCUGUAAACCUACCAUCUCCACAAACCGCUGCCCAGUUCUUAUUCUGGAGCCCAGUAAAGUCUUCCAGCCAUCUAUAGUAUGUGUGAGCGAGGAGGAUGAAAACCGCACCGUCCAACUGAAACAUAUCACUACAUUAAAGAAAGGCUUACACCAGUGGACUUUCCCGGCCUCUGCAAUUCGGGGAGUGAGCGCUUCAAAGAUUGAUGAGCGGAGCUGCUUCCUGUAUGUCCAUUACAACUCGGAUGACUUCCAGCUAUGCUUCCCCUCAGAGAUUCACUGCAAAGGUUUCUGCGAACUGGUGAACUCUCUGCUUCAGCAGGCCGAAGCCCCGGCUCAGGACCUGAACCCCCUAUCUGAUGGAAUACUAGAGUACAUCUAUGAGACCAAUGAGAAUGGGGACAAGGUGGUUCUGGGUAAAGGUACCUAUGGUGUGGUGUACGCUGGGAGGGACCUGAGCAACCAAGUACGCAUUGCCAUCAAAGAGAUCCCCGAGAAGGACAGCACGUACUCCCAGCCCCUUCACGAGGAGAUAGCGCUGCAUAAAAGGCUGAAACACAGGAACAUCGUCCAGUACUUGGGUUCUGUCAGUCAGGACGGUUUUAUCAAGAUCUUCAUGGAGGAGGUCCCUGGAGGGAGUUUGUCAUCCCUCCUGCGCUCCAAGUGGGGUCCCUUGAAAGACAACGAACCCACCAUCAUCUUCUACACCAAACAGAUCCUGGAGGGGCUCAAAUACCUUCACGACCAUCAGAUCGUCCACAGAGACAUUAAGGGUGAUAAUGUCCUGAUCAACACUUAUAGUGGGGUGUUAAAGAUAUCCGACUUUGGAACCUCCAAACGUUUAGCUGGAAUCAACCCCUGCACUGAGACAUUCACUGGAACCCUCCAGUACAUGGCUCCAGAGAUUAUAGACCAGGGACCACGGGGUUAUGGGAAGCCAGCUGACAUCUGGUCUCUCGGGUGCACGAUUAUAGAAAUGGCUACAGGAAAAACACCCUUCCAUGAGCUGGGAAGUCCUCAAGCUGCCAUGUUUAAGGUUGGCAUGUUCAAGAUCCACCCCAAGGUUCCGGAGUGCAUGUCUGAUGAGGCGAAGGGCUUCAUCAUGAAUUGUUUUGAGCCAAACCCAGACAACAGAGCCACAGCCACGGAGCUGCUGGCAGACACUUUCCUCAGGUCAUCCCCUAGAAAGAAGCCCCGAACGCCGCAGGAAUCGGAGCCUGUAGACUCUCUUUCUGCUGCCGACUAUCACCGCAGUCUGUCUGCGCCUAUCUCCAUCCUUGUGGAAGACACUGAUUCGUACUCUGGCUCUAUUGACCUGUCUUGUUCGUUGGACCUCAGGUGGCAUCAGUUGCCCCUCAAAGCAGAUGAAAUCUCAGAGAGUCCCCCCAGCACCAGCAGCUUCCUGCCGGUUCCAGACGAUUCUACAGACAUGAGUAGUCCAGCCUCAACAAUGGAGAGCGUUGGCCUGUUUAUGCUGAGGAAAGACAGCGAGAGGAGAGCCACGCUGCACCGAGUCCUCACUGACUACAUUAGCCACGUUGUUAGACAUAUACAGGAGUUGAUGCCUGAGAAUGGGGAUGGAUCAGGCCUCACUGCAGACCACAUCACUGAGCUCAUUAGUUGCUUGCGAAACAACAUCCAUUCCCCAGACAGGAAACAGCUGACCAGCAGUCUGCUUGACCUCCGGAAAAAGCUGGUCUCUACCGCAGUACCUCUUAACAACCUGCAGGUGGUGCUGUUUAGCUUCCAAGAUGCUGUGAAGAAGGUGUUGAGGCAACAGCAGGUGAAACCUCACUGGAUGUUUGCAUUGGACAAUCUGCUGAGACAGGCGGUGCAGGAUGCCAUCACCGUUCUCCUUCCAGAGCUGAAACUCCAGCUGCAGUCAUCUUUUGAGAAUGAGGACAGCAGUCCCGAGGAGCAGUCUGCAGACCCAGACACUCCUGUAGUGCUGGUUCCUGAGCAGCAGGUGGAGCAAAGAGACAUAUAUCAGAUGGUACCCAUAAAUGAGAGGUUACCGGUGGUUAGCCCUGACUCCCCAACAGACCUUGUCCUGAACUCAAACUGUCCCCUCAGUGAAACAUUCAGAGACCUACGAGCAGAAACUCACAGACUGCUGAAUCAGCUGAGUGAGAAGGAGAAAGAGUACCAGGAGCUGCUGAGAAAAUCUGUCCAGAGGAAACAGGAACAGAUUGAUGCACUGAGGGAAGCAGCAGCAUCCACCUCUGAUGAUGGCCUGGCUUCACAGAAAAACUCUAAUCCAGAGGUGAGGUCGAUGGUGCGCUGGCUGAAGGCUGUCCCUGUAGAUAAAGACGCUAUUGAUAAGUUGGUGUCCCAUGACUUUACCUUGGACUGUCUCCUCAUCAUGGCCUGCAGGGAUGAUUUGAUGUACUGUGGAAUAAGAGGCGGAAUGCUGUGUCGAAUCUGGGCGGCCAUCACGGCGCACAGGAAAACCCAGCUGAGCACACACACCGAGGAGAUCGAGGACACGGUUCUGUAACAGCUGCUGAUGUUGUAAAUCCCAGGACAUAUUUAUUGACAGGUUGGUCCUGUGUCAGGCAGACGGGAAACAGAUGAACUCAACUGACUCUGCAAGAAACUGAUUUAAAGCAAUACGGACAUGAGCUGUACCGCUGAACUGUGAAUGUAUUUUUGUAAUGAUACUGUUUGUGAAUGUAAGCUAGGAAGCAAAACUUAUUUUAAUAAAUAAAACUUUGUCAAGUUAUUAAGGGUUGUGUUGGCUUUGAACAUAAUGUGUGUAAUUUCUGCUGCUAGGAGUCUUUCAGUCAAAACAAGGAUAAAUGCACUAUAGUAGAU